AUUAACUGUAAAUAUUUUGUCGGUAGUCGCACGACACCAAUUUGUUAGAAAUAUGAUUUUAAAUCAAAAGGUUAAAUUGAAUUCAUUAAUAAUCUCAGUUUUACCCAUUCAAGACUACGAAUCAAAAUAGCAAUGUCUUCAAGAAGAGCAGGAGGGAUAAAUUAUGCUGAUCUAGAUCAAGGUAACUAUUCCGAUUAUUCUUUCGAAGAUGAUGACGAUGAAAAUGAAUCAGUGAAGAAAAAGAAGGAUGAUGACUAUUCAUAUGGGGGAUCGACCAAGAAGAGAUCAAAUAAUACCAAUUCAAAUUCAAAUGGUCCAAGUCGUAAAAAGGUCAAAGAAGCAGUGAAUACCAUUACGGAAGAACUCCCUGAAACUCCUAUAUCUGACGAUGAAUUGGUGGAAUUAACACCUGAUAUUCCUGCUGAUUAUGUUCCUGAUGCGGUAUCAAAAGCAUUUGGUAAAGCAGAUUUUUCCUACUUAAAGUUAAAACCAGAUCAUUUUUCAAGACCUAUAUGGAUAUCACCUAGUGAUCUUAGAAUCAUCUUAGAAUCAUUUUCACCCUUAGCUGAACAAGCUCAAGAUUUCUUAAUUACCAUUGCAGAACCAGUUUCAAGACCAUCUCACAUUCAUGAAUAUAAAAUCACCGCUUACUCAUUAUAUGCGGCAGUUUCUGUUGGGUUAGAAACUGAUGAUAUCAUCCUGGUUUUGAAUCGUUUAUCUAAAGUACCAAUUAGUGAGUCUAUAAUUCAGUUUAUUAGACAAGCUACUGUAUCAUAUGGUAAAGUCAAAUUAGUGUUGAAGCAUAACAAAUAUUUCGUUGAAAGUAGUCAGGCUGAUAUAUUACAAAUGUUAUUAAAAGAUCCAAUUAUUGGUCUGUUACGUAUCAUAUCUUCUGAAAAUAUCGUUACUGGUACUGGGUUAGUACAGACUGCUGCUCCAAAGCAAGGUGACUUAGUAAUACCUGGAACCAAAAAGAACGCUACUGAAGUUAAAACUGAUGCUGAAGACAUUUUUGCCUCCGUAGUUGGAAAUGAUGACGAUGAUGAUGAUUUAGAUAAAGUUCAUUCAUUUGAAAUCGCUAAUGAAUCGGUGGAAGUUGUAAAAAGAAGAUGUCAAGAAAUAGAUUUCCCUGUUUUGGAAGAAUAUGAUUUCCGUAAUGAUUCUAGAAAUGCGGAUUUGGAAAUUGAUUUAAAACCAUCUACACAAAUUAGACCAUAUCAAGAAAAAUCAUUAUCUAAAAUGUUUGGUAAUGGUCGUGCUAGAUCAGGUAUUAUUGUUCUUCCAUGUGGAGCUGGUAAAACCUUAGUUGGUAUAACUGCUGCUUGUACCAUCAGGAAAUCCGUUAUUGUAUUAUGUACGUCAUCAGUAUCGGUUAUGCAAUGGAGACAACAAUUUUUACAAUGGUGUACUAUUCAACCAGAAAAUGUAGCUGUUUUCACAUCAGAUAAUAAAGAAAUGUUCUCAACUGAAUCUGGUUUAGUGGUAUCAACGUACUCUAUGGUAGCCAAUCGUCAAAAGAGAUCGCAUGAUUCCCAAAAGGUUAUGGAUUUCUUAACAUCAAGAGAAUGGGGUUUUAUUAUUUUGGAUGAAGUCCAUGUGGUACCUGCUGCUAUGUUCAGAAGAGUGGUCAGUACCAUUGCUGCACAUGCUAAGUUGGGUCUUACCGCAACAUUAGUUCGUGAAGAUGAUAAGAUUGAUGAUUUAAAUUUCUUAAUUGGUCCAAAGUUAUAUGAAGCUAAUUGGAUGGAUCUUGCUCAAAAGGGUCAUAUUGCAAAUGUUCAAUGUGCAGAAGUAUGGUGUCCAAUGACUUCCGAAUUUUACCAAGAAUAUUUACGUGAAUCAGCCAGAAAGAAGAUGUUAUUAUAUAUCAUGAAUCCAACUAAAUUUCAAGCCUGUCAAUACUUGAUCCAUUAUCAUGAAAAGAGAGGUGAUAAGAUUAUUGUAUUUAGUGAUAACGUUUAUGCCUUACAAGAAUAUGCUCUUAAAUUGAAUAAACCAUUUAUUUAUGGUUCAACUCCACAACUGGAAAGAAUGAAGAUUUUACAAAAUUUCCAACAUAAUGAUGAAGUUAAUACUAUCUUUUUAUCCAAAGUUGGUGAUACAUCAAUUGAUUUACCAGAAGCUACUUGUUUAAUUCAAAUUUCUUCUCAUUAUGGGUCUAGAAGACAAGAAGCACAACGUCUUGGUCGUAUUUUAAGAGCUAAAAGACGUAAUGAUGAAGGUUUCAAUGCCUUCUUUUACUCAUUGGUUUCUAAAGAUACUCAAGAAAUGUAUUAUUCCACUAAGAGACAAGCAUUCCUUGUAGAUCAAGGUUAUGCAUUCAAGGUCAUUACUCAUUUAAGUGGAAUGGAACAGUUGAAGGAUUUAGCAUAUUCGACUCCAAAGGAAAGAAGAGAGUUGUUACAAAAUGUGUUAUUGAAGAAUGAAGAUGAAGCAAACUUGGAAGUGGGUGACGAUAUAGAUACAAACUUCAUAUCAAACCAAAGGAGAGCAAAGAUUGAAAGUGCUAAUGCCGCAAGAACUGCAGGUUCGUUGGCUGGAUUGGCUGGUGGUGAAGAUAUGGCGUAUGUGGAAUAUAGUAAGAAUAAGAAUAAAGAAUUAAAGGAACAUAAUCCAAUAAUUCAAAAAUUAUAUUAUAAAAAGAAUAAAGAUAAGGUUUAAAUGUGGGAUUUAUAUAGUAUAUAGUGGAACGUUUAAUAUAUUAAAUUUAAUGGAUAAAUAAAUACCAAUUAUAAAAAGCCAAUAACAU